UAAAGGCUCACGAGAUAAGCAUUUCAACAUUUCUCGAGACAGUUCAUUAAGUUCUGCGAGAAAAAAAACUUCCGAAUAUCUUUUUUUUAUAUUUUCUAGUUUCGAUAGCUACAAAUGCAGACUUAAAUAUUUAUAUAGCACAAGGGGUCGUUGGGUAAUUCCUCAGUUAUUUGUCUUUGUUCAAAAAUGAAGUGAUAAUAUAUAAUCUCGUAAGAUG